CAGGAACUUCUGGAAAGCUGCCUGCUUUUCACCAGUGAAGGCAUUACCCAACCGACCAGCAACCACAAUGGUCAGGCAGUCAGACAGGAGCUGCAACACAACAAGCAUCAGAAAAAACAUCAACAACAUGAAAGGCUGCACCCCAACACGCCUUGCGCAGCAUAUCUUGGAGGAGGUUCUGGGUGUGUCCAUGCUUUGUUUCAAGUAUAAAAACCUUCACUGUUUGGGCUCAUCACGGCAUUCAGCUACACUCAUUCAACCGACAAGAUGACCAGUCUCACUGCUAGGGAUAAGGACACAGUCAGAGCCUUCUGGGGUAAGGUCUCUGGAAAGGCGGAGGACAUCGGCACCCAAGCUGUGGCCAGGAUGCUGGUGGUGUACCCACAGACCAAGACUUACUUCGCCCACUGGAAGGACCAGAGCCCCAAUUCUCCCUCUGCGAAGAAGCACGGAAUAACCGUGAUGGGUGGAGUUGCAGAUGCUGUGACCAAAAUUGACGACCUGAAAGGAGGUCUUCUGAACCUCAGUGAGCUGCAUGCCUUCACUCUGCGUGUGGACCCUGCCAACUUCAAGAUUAUCUCCCACUGCAUCCUUGUGGUCAUGGCCAUCAUGUUCCCCACCGAUUUCACCCCUGAGGUCCACAUGUCUCUGGACAAGUUCCUGGCUGCUCUGGCUCUGGCCCUGGCUGAGAAGUACCGAUAAACAGCAGGAGAAGAUGGCGGAGACUGCAGCAUGAGCUUACAUUGCAUAAUGAUUAAUAAAUGCAUUCAUGCAAAAAGCAAAGCAA